GUUUUGACCACUCUGGUUAAGUCUCGACUACUCCCCCAGACAAAGAGAGAGAAUGAUAGAGCAGAGCGAGACAAGGAGGUAGAGAGAGAAGAAGCAAGAGAAGGGAAAGAGAAUUGCUAAGCUGCUCAACACAAAAAACCUGUGGUGGUUGCAGAGAGGAUAGAGAAGUGAGAAAGGGUUAAGGAAGGCGAGGAGAGAGAGAGAGAGAGAGACAGGUGGAGUAGAUUUUCCGUGCAAUUGAGAGUGAUUUUCGGUUUCUCUGUGAUUGUGUUGUUGUUUGGUGGGGGAUUUCUUUGCUCCGAUCGCAAACUGGAGACAUCGAAAGGCCGGAGAUGGUGGAUUAGUGUGGAAAUUUCAGCUGGUUUUCAAGGGAUCUGAUCCUGUGGAGGUCAUAGGUUUUCGUUUAUGGCGUCUUCCGAGAUUUCGAUGAAAGGUAACAGCGGGAACGUCAGAGGAGAGAGCUUUACUUCUGCUUACAGCGAGUCUAACGACGGUAGGAAAGCUAUGGAUAGCCAGAAAGGUGCUCCUGUUGCUCAUUCCAGUGCUCCCAUGGACGCUGAAGCUGCGCUGUACAAGGAGCUAUGGCAUGCAUGUGCUGGUCCUUUGGUGACGGUUCCUCGUAAGGGAGAGCUUGUUUUCUACUUCCCUCAGGGACACAUCGAGCAGGUUGAGGCAUCCACCAACCAGGGGGCAGACCAGCAGAUGCCACUGUAUAAUCUUCCGUCAAAGAUCCUAUGUCGCGUGCUUAAUGUUGAGCUCAAGGCCGAAGCAGACACUGAUGAGGUGUUUGCACAAUUGACCUUGUUGCCGGAGGCUAAUGAUGAGAAUGCAGUGAAGAAGGAGUCACCACCGCCUCCUCCUCCGAGAUUUCAUGUACACUCGUUUUGCAAGACCCUGACUGCAUCCGAUACCAGCACUCAUGGUGGAUUUUCAGUGCUUAGGAGGCAUGCUGAUGAGUGUCUGCCACCACUGGAUAUGUCAAGACAACCUCCAACCCAGGAGUUGGUUGCCAAAGAUCUACAUGGCAUUGAAUGGCGUUUCCGUCAUAUUUUUCGAGGUCAACCUCGUAGGCAUUUGCUUCAAAGUGGAUGGAGUGUGUUUGUUAGCUCUAAAAGACUGGUUGCUGGCGAUGCCUUUAUAUUUCUAAGGUCUGGAAUCUUCUUCAUAGGUGAGAAUGGAGAGCUCCGUGUUGGUGUUAGGCGAGCAAUGAGACAGCAGGGAAAUGUCCCCUCUUCUGUUAUCUCCAGUCACAGCAUGCAUUUGGGCGUUUUAGCCACAGCCUGGCAUGCAAUUUCUACAGGAACCUUGUUCACUGUAUAUUAUAAACCAAGGACAAGUCCAGCAGAGUUCAUAGUCCCAUUUGAUCAGUACAUGGAUUCAGUGAAAAAUAACUAUACCAUUGGCAUGAGGUUUAAAAUGAGGUUUGAAGGAGAAGAAGCUCCCGAGCAGAGAUUUACAGGAACAAUAGUUGGGAUUGAAGAUGCUGAUUCAAAUAGAUGGCAAGAGUCGAAAUGGAGAUGCCUGAAAGUGAGAUGGGAUGAGACUUCGACCAUACCUCGUCCGGAAAGAGUUUCUCCCUGGCAAAUAGAACCUGCUUUGGCUCCUCCUGCUCUGAGUCAACUCCCAAUGCCGAGGCCAAAAAGACCCAGAACAAAUAUUGUCCCCUCAUCACCUGAUUCUUCUGUGCUCACCAGAGAAGUUUCAUCCAAAGUUACUGCAGACCCUCCGCCAGCUGGUGGAUAUGUGAGGGUCUUGCAAGGUCAAGAAUUCGCGACCUUGAGAGGCAAUUUCACUGCUGAGAGCAAUGAGUCGGUAACAGCCGAAAAGUCUGUUAUGUGGCCACUGUCUGUGGAUGAUGAAAAGGUUGAAGUGGUUUCUACUGGUAGAAAAACUGGACAAGAGAGCUGGAUGCCCUCUGUGAGGCUCGAGCCGACUUACACAGAUUUGUUGUCUGGCUUUGCUGGAAAUGCUGCUGGUUCCUCCCAACAUGGAUAUUUUUCUUCAUCCUUUGCUGAUCGAAGUUCUGUUCCUGCAAGGAAGCGUUCAAUGAUAUAUCAGGAUGGGAAAUUCAACUUGCUUGGAGAUCCAUGGUCCUCGAUUUCAUCAGGCCUUUCACUCAAGGUGUCGGAUACCAACACAAAAGCUUCAGGAGAAGGUAGUGAUUAUUUAGGUCGUCAUUCAGUGGGGUCAAAUCUUAGAUACAGUGCAUUUAGUGAGUAUGCUAGGGGGGCCGACCAGUUGCAUCUCAACUGGUUGAUGCCUCCACCAUCAUCAUCCCAGUUUGAGCAUCAUCAUUCCCAAUCAAGAGAAUUGAUGUCGAAGAAUAUUCUGGCGCCGGAGCCUGGCAAAUCCACUGAUGGGAACUGCAAGCUGUUUGGUAUUCCUCUUACUGGCAACUCUUUGGUUCAUGAGGCAGUCAUAUCGCCUAAUAAGAAAGUUAUGAAUGACUCAGUAAGCCAUUCAAAUGGAAAUGGUGCCAGCCAACAUAAUCAUCCACUUGAGACUGAUCAGCUGGAAUCAAGGAGUUGCAAAAUAACUGAUGACAGCGAGCAUGAGAAACGAUUUCAACAGGGCCACUCACGAGACAAUGUUGGGAAGUCGCAAAGUGGUUCAACUAGGAGUUGCACCAAGGUUCACAAGCAGGGGAUUGCCCUAGGUAGAUCAGUUGAUCUGAGCAAGUUCAGCAACUACAAAGAACUGAUAGCUGAACUGGACCGCUUGUUUGAAUUUGGCGGCGAUCUGAAUGACCCCAAGCAGAAUUGGAUGAUUGUGUACACCGACGACGAGGGAGACAUGAUGCUUGUUGGAGAUGACCCUUGGCAGGAAUUUGUUGGGAUGGUCCGUAAGAUUUUCAUCUACACCAGGGAAGAAGUACAGAAGAUGAAUCCAGGGACUUUGAACCCGAAGUGCAGCAACAAUUCCGAUGGAGAAGGCGGCGGCGGCGACACGAAUCACUCGGGGGGAUGCGCGUUGCCGUCUGGGUCGGAUAACUGAUAGAAAGGCAUCAUUAAUGCGAGGCAGUAGUUGCAGAUUUUUGGGGCUGCUGAUAUAUAUAUGAAUGAAUAGUAUUUGAUUGACGGUGUUAGUUGGCGGAGGAGCAUGGGAGGAGGGGGGGAAGGCGGGUGGCGGUGGGUAUUCUCAGGGAUUAGACGGACCACCAAUUUUUUGGAGGAUUUGUGGAGUUUAGUAUCCUCCUAUAUCAAAUGGUGUCUCUCUAUAGUAUGAUAUGAUAGUAGAUAAGCAAAGAAGGAAGAAAUAUGAUUGUGCAAUGGCCUCCCUCUCUCUCUCUCGCCGGCCUGCUGCUAUAAUAGGGUU